AGCCCGAAUCGAAAUUCAAACGAAAUAGUGUGGGCAACAAAUAGCUGCGUGAAUGAACUGCAGCCGCGCUCAAGUGGCUCAUAAGUGAUCGUGUUGCGUUGAGAGAAGGGUGUACUUUUCUGUGCCGAACGCUAUUAGUCCGUGUGUUUGCUUUUGGUAACCUUUAUCCACCCGCUUACCACCCCCACAAAAGUGUACGGACUGUCUUGCGGAAAGGAGUUUAAGUUCAACUAAGUGAUUGAUGAUAAAAGACGAUUCUGCAAGGGUGUAGAGUGUAUACGUAGUGUUUGCAUUGUGUGGUGGUAGUAAACCGCGAUCGUUUCAAUGGCGCGGAUACUGAUUGUUCUGUGCGUGUCGUUCGUACUUUCAGGAUUACCAGCGCAGGCACAGGUGACCAAAAAACGCUGCGUGAGCCAACCGAACGUAUCGAAAAAAGUCAACAGAGUUAUCCAUGAGUGCCAGGAGGAGAUUAAAAUGAAUUUAGUCGAAGACACUAUAAGAGCAUAUAAAGAGAACUGGCACGAUCGUAAAAAGCGCGACGCUAGCGAAUUAGGAUUUCCACACCCCACCGUGGUGUCCAGCGAAGACAAGUGGAUUGCGGGGUGUUUGAUGCAAUGUGUGUACCGCAAAAAUGAUGCCAUAGACAAGAACGGGUGGCCAACGUUGGACGGGUUGGUGAAUCUGUAUACAGAUGGAGUUAAUGAGCAAGGAUACUUCAUGGCCACUUUGCGGGGAGUUGAUCGGUGUCUGAAGGGAACUUCACUGAAGUACAAAGUCAAACGGAAUGAUGUAGGAGGUCAUUUCGAGCAGUGCGGUGUGUCGUUUGACGUAUUUGAUUGCAUUUCCGAUAUGAUCACAGACUAUUGUAGCGAUCAGCCGAAACACGUAUUCACCUAAUCGAUCGAUAUUGAUCAUUCUUCAAUCAUUAUUGUAACUAAAUUAUUCAAACAGAGAAGUGAUGUUAUUUAUACGUUAAAAUGUACUGUUUCUUCCAUCAAAGUUCACAUGUUACACAGUUCAUCCAUUGUAUAUAAGAUAAAAUCAUAAAGACAUAUUGUACAUCAUCAAAUUCUUUCUAUUGAUUUUUCCCAAAUAAAUGGUAAAAUAGUUUUAAAAUAGUUUCAAUGCAUAUUUGAUUGAUCAGUAAAUUCCUUCCAUUUAAUUAAGUGCUGAUAGUUAAAGAUUAGAAGAUUAGAGAAUUAGAAGAAUUCACGGAAUGAAUUACUGAAAAUACAACAAAUGAAAGCAAUUAGAAAGAAAAAGUUAGAACUAUAGAGUUCGUGAAGUGGUACAUUGAAAAUGUAUGUAAUAGUAUACAUAUAAGAAAUGUAUGUAUGUAUAAGCAGGUUGAGGCUUUCGAGUAUUUAAUUUUUGUUCGUUUUUGUCGGAGAUAUCUGCUUUUGUAUAAUAUCAUUUUAAGCGAAUGCAUAAUGAAUAGAAAUGAAUCAUUAAAAUGCUUGUUUUCUGAAAUGAAAUAAAAACGAGAUGUAUUUUUAUCGGCGAUGGACAAGAUGGUUCGUUGAACAUCCUGAAACGUAACCUUCAGUGUCCCGCUUUACAAUGCCAACAAAAAAAAAUCCGGAAAUCGAUUGGCACCCACUAUGUAUCGACUUAAGGAGGAGCUUCAAGGAUGAAAUUGAUGAAAAGUUCGAAGGCAAAGUUCAACAAAACUAUGUAUAAAAAUCAUACAAUUCAGAGGAUUAUGAGAAAACCUUUUAAAGAUUGAUUUUGUUGGAUUGAUACGACUUUAACUCUUCUUUGCAUGUUUUUUUUUCUUUAUUGGUAAAAUAAAUCGAGG